UGUGUGGGAAAGAGUAAGGAAAUGUCAAAAGUAGUCGCGUCAGGUGGGUUACUUUUGUAGGAUUUAAAACAUUUAAAUGCAUAACACUGAAAAUGAUCACAGUGGAUAGUAAUCUCAUUAAAUGAAUACCUUAAACGCCAAAAAGUUGCCACCAGCCAAUACACUUAAGACAACUUCUUGAUUAUUAUGCUAACUAGCUAGGUAGCUAGCACAUAGCUAUCUUACUAGCCAUUUCUGUAGGACAAGGGACCGCUUUCAAUCACUGGAAAAAUCAGUGUUACCUAUUAAAAAGAAUUUGAUUAAAUAUAAACAACUUUCUAACUAAUAAAAAUAUUUUUCUAUGAGACUAUUCUUAAUAUUUAGGUAGCUAUGUGCCAUAAACAUUACAGAUAGUCGUGAGGUAUGCUAGGUUAGCUUAGCUAACCUAGCUACGUUGGCUCGUUACCUUGUGUGUUUGGGAGGUUUGUACAAGAUUAACAGUUCAGAUAGACUUGCGUGAUGGCCCCUUCGGGCAAGCGCGCUCCACGCAGAGAGGAAUUCGCAGUGGAGCUGGCUUGCGAGUGGGGCUCGUGUCAGGAGACGUUCGACGGGAUGCAGGAGUUCUGUCAACACGUGGAAAAGCAUUACAAGGCGACCCCCGUGGAAAGUGACAACCCGGAUAUACCAGAUGACGUGCAUAGCUGCCUGUGGCGGGACUGUGGGUUCUGCUCGGUGGAGUGGGAUGGGGAGCUACUGAGACACGUGUUCUUCCACUGCUACCAUACCAAGCUAAAGCAGUGGGGGUUGGUCAUACUUAAAGGCCAUCCAGACAUGGGUGCCUGCUCUGUGGGUCUCCAGAACCGCAACAUUGUGCCGGAGGUCCAGGAUGGCUUCCUCUGCCUGUGGGAGCACUGUGACACGAACAUGGAUAACCCGGAGUGGUUCUACAGGCAUGUGGAGAUGCAUGCACACUGCCUUGAGGCCAAUGCAGAGAAUAUACUGUUCUGUGCUUGGAAAGACUGCGAGGCUUCAUUCAAGGGCCGCUUCAAGCUGCGGGAGCACAUGCGCAGUCACACACAGGAGAAGCUGGUGGCCUGCCCCACCUGCGGUGGCAUGUUCGCCAACAACACAAAGUUCUUCGACCACAUCCGCCGCCAGACCUCCAUCGAGGGCCAAAGAUUUCAGUGUUCACACUGCUCUAAGCGCUUCGCCACCGAGAGGCUACUGCGAGACCACAUGAGGAACCAUGUGAACCAUUAUAAAUGCCCGCUGUGUGACAUGACGUGCCCCUCACCAUCCUCCCUGAGGAACCACAUCAAGUUCCGCCACAGCAGCGAGAAGCCCUACAGCUGUGACUACUGCGAGUACAGCUGUAAGAACCUGAUAGAUCUGCGGAAACAUCUAGAAACACACAGCAGCGAGCCGGCUUAUCGCUGCGACUUUUCUGACUGUGACUACUCAACCCGCUCCUUGCAUUCCAUCAAAAACCAUUACAAACGCAUACACGAGGGAGAUGACACUCCGCGCUACAAGUGUCAUGUGUGUGAGCAGUGCUUCACAAGAGGUAAUAACCUCACUGCGCACCUGCGCAAGAAGCACCAGUUCAAAUGGCCUUCAGGACAUCCCAGAUUCAGGUAUAAGGAGCACGAGGACGGCUUCAUGCGACUGCAGCUGAUCCGUUACGAAAGCGUGGAGCUGACGGAGCAGCUGAUGAGGGAGCGGCAGGGCGAGGGGGAGGGCGGCGAGUCUGCCCCCCAGCCACAGUGCCUGCAUGCCGGGGAGGAGGCGGAGGAUGCCAGGCCGCCUGGAGACGAGGUGACUGUGGACAGGGAGAGGGCUCGCGGAGCACGGGGGGAGGAGCAGGCCGAGACUGUGCUGCUCGUCCUCGAGGAUGGGGCGUCCUCAGAGGUGGAGUCUACGAGGGAGGAGUCAGUGAUGCGACAGCUGCAGGACACCGCCCAGCAGCUGGGAAUGGAGGUGGUCUAACUGCAGUGAAUACUGCACUGCCCUCCAUAGUGUUUGCACAAAAAAGGAUUGCAACAAGCCUAAUAACUAUAUUCAAAAGGAGAUCCAUUCAACACUAGAGGUACACUGGUGCUGUGAGGUGUUGUAUUCUCUCUUAUGCACUAACAGGACAGAGUGAAAUCCAGGUGGACUGAUUUCUACAAGCCUUUAUUAUUGUGUGUGAGUGUGUGUGUGUGUGUGUGUGUGAGUGAGUGUGUGUGUGUGUGUGAG